CACGGCGCGCUACAAUUACCUCGUUAAAGCAAAACUACUGGAUAACUUUGAGCGAGGAUCUUUGAAAUAAGUUCAACGUUCUAUUUAUCAUCACUAUGGCCGAUUCGCCCGGCUCUCCCCUCUCAUCCAUCGCGUCCGAUGAAUUGACCGAGGACACCAAGCUGGACAAAGAUGGCCACUCACCCUCAGUUUCAAGCAUGCCACCAUCUAAACGUCGCCGCACAGGUGUUGCAUCCUGGGACCAUCAUACGCCUAUAUCCUCCGUCCAAGGUGAUAUCUUGCCUACCUCACCCUCGAGUCCGAUCUCAUCGGAUACCGAUGGCGAAAUACCAAACUCCCCUUCGCUCCUCGCAUUGAUCGGUGGUGGUCAGGACGACGACUAUAGUGGUCAAGGAGGUGACCAAGUCUCGAUAUGUCGCUGGGAUGGUUGUGAGGCCGGCGAUCUUGGAAAUAUGGAUAAUCUGGUCAAUCAUAUCCAUGAUGACCACAUCGGUACUCGACAGAAGAAGUACUCCUGCGAAUGGAUAGAUUGCAGUCGCAAAGGACAAACACAUGCCAGCGGAUAUGCGCUGCGCGCACACAUGCGAAGUCAUACGAGAGAAAAACCGUUCUACUGCGCACUUCCAGAAUGCGACCGGAGCUUUACUCGCUCCGAUGCCCUUGCGAAACAUAUGCGCACAGUUCACGAGACAGAAGCACUCCGGCCCUCAGAUCCCGUUCCCAAAAGUCAACUCCUCAACAAUCAGCAAAACACAGCGACUCCAAUCAACAAAGUCCAACGUAUCAAGUUGAAACUCAAUUUCGGUCCUAGGGAAGACACGCCGUCCUCGACGAACGGCGAAGGAGGUACUACCGGGAACGUCGACGGCCAGGAAGCUGAAUUGGUACCCGUGCCCGAGUUCACACCGGACCUGGGAUUUGAUGCACAUGAGCUUGCUCUACCUCCUAGUCAACUUUAUAGACUCCUCCGCCGCCAGGUACACUGGGCCGAGAUUGAAACCUCCAAACUCAAGCAACAGUGGCAGGAAUUAGAGCCAAAACGGAAAGAAGCAUUUUUCGAAAAGGAGGCUGCUCUCACUGAAGUCAUUGAUGCGGAGGGACGCUUAUCCAAAAUCGUAUAUGACGCACAGCGCGAGGCAGAUAAGGAGAGUGGGAAUGCCCAGAACGGUGCUGAGGAGGUCGUUGCUUGAUAUAUCAGCAAUGCACUAUUUCCCUUGCUAUAACCAUUUUUGAUGUACACCAAUGUUUCAUGGGCCGGAGUCUAUUUUCUGUUCUUUUGAUUGAAUUUGUCCUCUUUUUGCAUGGCGUCUGUGUUCUGGGUGGAAUAUAAUAUCUUUUUCUUGUAAUGUUUUAAAAAUAUUUGAGGCCUCAGGAUACACAUCAGUACCUUGAUUGCGAGUUUUACUUCCUAUUCUUGACAUUCUUAAUCUGAGCCUCUAAGUAGGUAGCUUCAUUAUCUAUCAAAGUUAGGUGACUUAUAAUACGAAGAACAUGCACAUAU